GCGACGACCACCACAAAAUAUCUCGCAAUCCCCAUGGACAUCGACCUGUUCGCCGACAUCGACCUUGACGCCCUCCUCGCCUCCUUCUCCGGCGAGCCCGCCGGCGUCUCCGGCCUCAUCGACCCGUCCCCGCCUCCGCCGGCGCCGACGGCGGCGCACGAUGCGGAGGCGGGGUCGCCGGAGUCGGUGACCUCCAGGGCGAGCCCGCCCGGGGAGGAGGCGCUGACGGAGAUCGAGAGGUUGCUGAUGCAGGAGGGGGAGGCGGAGUUGGGCGGGGAGGCCGAGGGGAUCAGCGUGGAGGAGUUCUUCGACGCGCUGUACGACGGUGGAGAGGGGGAGCGGGAGGGGAAGGAGAGCGAGGCGGGUGGAAGCACGGAUGGGGACUCCGGGAGGGAUGAGGUGGUGGAGGUUGUGACGCCGGAGGCGGAGACGGUGGAGGUGGAUGGCGAUGAUCCCGUCAGCAAGAAGAAGAGGAGGCAAAUGAGGAACAGAGAUUCCGCCAUGAAAUCAAGGGAGAGGAAGAAGACGUAUGUGAAGGACUUGGAGGCGAAGAGCAAGUAUUUGGAAGCAGAGUGCCGCCGCCUCAGCUAUGCACUUCAGUGCUAUGCAGCUGAGAACAUGGUACUGCGCCAGAGCUUGUUGAAGGAUAGGCCUGUUGGUGCUCCCACAGCCAUGCAGGAGUCUGCCGUACUCACGGAAACCCUGCCGCUGGUUUCCCUGCUUUGGCUGGUGAGCAUCGUGUGCCUGUUCCUGAUGCCCGGUCUGCCCAACCGAAGUCCGGCUGCUCCAAGCAGCGCCGGAAGAGAUCUCGGGAUGGUAACCGGAAAGACAAGCAGUGAAAACCCAGAUAUACUGGAACUCAUCCUCCAUGGAAGGCGCUGCAAGGGCACAAGGGCGAAAAUCAAGCUAGAUAAAUUACCAUUUCAUGCAGUAGCUGCUUGCUAGCCUUUCCAUAGGCCUCCUGCAAGCCUCCAGUAUGUAGUGUAAUUGCCAAGCUUAGCAUGCCUGCUUUAUAUAUGUCAUGCAGCAGCCAGUUGAUAUCCCUGGAUUAUCUUUUCUUUUGUGUUUGGUUUUUUUGUUCUUUUUUCUUUAAAUAUAAUUGCCCCUGUAGGACCAGAUUCCAGAGUAGUUUUAAAAUUUGGACUUGUUAUAAAUCCUAUCGUGGCAUCUUGUUGUUCCUGGAUCUGAAGUUCCUGUAAUCGUGAAUCUUUUGAAGUGCUAGUACAGUAUGAUAUGAUAAUAAAGUUAACAAGACCAGAGAUGCUCGUGGUGGUUCAUGAUUUAA